UUGGGUACAGACAGAUUCAAAUGGAAAUUUUACAAUCAAGAACAUUGUACCGGGAGUGUAUGGCCUUCAUGGCUGGGUUCCGGGUUUCGUUGGUGAUUACUUGGGCGAAGAACGGGUGACCAUCUCUGCAGGAAUCCAAACACAACUAGGAAAUUUGAUCUAUGUACCCCCUAGAGAUGGUCCAACCAUAUGGGAGAUUGGGUUCCCAGAUCGUACUGCCAGUGACUUCUAUGUUCCUGAUGUGAACCCGAUGUAUGUCAACAAAUUGUUUCUUCACAGCCCUGAAAAGUUCAGACAAUACGGACUUUGGGAUAGAUACACAGACAUAUAUCCUGAAUCAGAUCAAGUUUUCACAGUAGGUAUCAGUGAUCCGAAGAAAGACUGGUUCUUUGCUCAUGUGGACAGGAGAAACGCAGAUAACAAGUAUGUUCCAACAACCUGGGGAAUCAAGUUUAACUUAAAAUCAGUUACUGGAGGAAUUUAUAAGUUGAGAUUGGCUAUUGCAUCAGCUAACCGUACUGACUUACAGGUGCAUGUGAACCAGAUGGAUAUUAAACACCUAGUAUUCCAAGUGCUGAAUUUAGGUGCAGAUAAUGCAGUUUGUCGACACGGUAUACAUGGCCUCUAUCGACUUUUCAGUAUCAGUAUCUCCUCAUCGUUGUUUUUCAAAGGAGACAAUUGCAUUUUUCUUAACCAGGCCAGGGGUGGAGAUGCACUUUGUGGUGUUCUUUAUGAUUAUGUAAGGCUUGAAGCUCCAAUGCCUUCCGAGGGUUCUUAGAGCAACUCCUACAACUUUUAAUUAAGUAAAAUCCAGAUU